AUGUUUUGCCGACUACACGGUGUUGCUAAAACCAAGUUUGAUCAUAAAAAGGAAAUUUCUAAGAACCUGUAUAAGACGGUGUUCAUACUGCAAAUGAGCGAGACCUCUGUGUGGGCCCCGAAGAUGACUAACGGGCACCACCGAGGAAGAGCUAACAGCGCUGAAGGGGCUCCACUACAAGUUAUAAGAGGUGUGUACAAAACCACCUCAACAAUGUCGCUGCCAGUAUUAGCUGGAGUACCCCUUGUCGACCUGGACUUAAGACGAAUAAUCUGGAUCGAAAAGGUUAAGUUCGUGGUUAGGAGAGGUGGUAUGACGAUGGCAAUUGCCGAGAUUAGAAAGGUUAGGUACGGAAACAACAACCUCAACCUCUGGUAA